GCAAGACAUGCUGCUUUGGGGUUGAUUAGAAAAGUGACACCGCACGCACAGCAGGGGCCUAAAAGUGCACCCAGGACACCACAUGGCACCACCGCAGGCCACCACUGACUUCAGUCAUCGAAGACAUGUCGUGCCCGGCGCGCGGAUACAGUUCCGGAGUUCGCUGUCAAAGGUAUCCCGGUGGAUCCAGGUACCAGGGCAAAUGGCUGGGCAAGCAGCCUCAUGGCUAUGGAGUGAAGCGGACCAGCGGUGGCUUGGUCUACGAGGGUCAUUGGCACCUGGGGCAGCGGCAUGGCUAUGGAACUCUGCGUCGGAAGGAGCCAAAUGGUGGCACACUCCGCAUUUACGUGGGUCAGUGGCAACAGGAUAGGCGAAGUGGCGAGGGAAAGCAGUUCUAUUCCGAUGGAUCCGUGUACUUCGGCCAGUGGGAGGCGGACCAACGGUGUGGUCAGGGCAUCCUCUGGAUGCCGGAUGGAGGAGUCUAUGUGGGCGAGUGGCUACACGACCAAAUGCACGGAAAAGGAGUACUUUUUACGGCCAAAGGAAGUCGCUAUGUAGGCCAAUUCGAAGGAGGCUGCAAAUCAGGAGCGGGAGUUUUCUAUCAUGACAACGAUGGAAGAAGAAUUCAACGCGGCUUUUGGAAUCAGGACGUCUGCAAAACGUCGCUAAUGCCCUUGCUAACCAAAUAAAAUAAUAAAUUAAGCCCAGAAGCUUUCUUGUAACACUUAGAUAACAUAUAUUUGGAUAGAAAAUCAGUUUUUAAAUAAGAAUUGUAACUAAUGCUA